CCUCGCUCAUCUCGCUGCUCUGCACACCGGUCGUCUUCUUGAGAACCUUCUUGCUCUCCCCUCCAGACGUACUGUCCCCCCGAGCCUGGGGCUUUGCGAACCCACUACAACGACGGGAUAGUCACUUGCACGGCAAACUUCAGAUAUCGCUACCGCUAGACGACGGGCUACUUCAUGGCGAUCAUCGACGGAGGCGCCGCGACGGGCGGCGGUGGAGGAGACCAGGAGCUGCUUCGCCUAUGGGGACUCGUCGCGGAGCUGUCCGAGCAGCUGUCGCUGCACCGCCAGGCGGCGAGCGCGUUGCAUGCGCAGGUCGGCGAUCUCAAGACGCAGGCGAUACACUCGCAGACGGGGUUCGUGCUCAGGAGGUUUAACACGGACAAGAGCGAUGAGGAGUACGAGACGGAGCUGAAGCGGAUGAACGCCGCGCUCGGGGAGGAGAACAGCGCGUUGGCGAACGAGAACAAGCAGCUCGGGGCGCUCAUCAAGGAGUACGAGCAAACGCUCGAGAACGUCAUGGACGCGUUUCGCAAACGAGCCCACGAGGUGCAAGUGCGGGAGCUGUCGCUGAUACGCGAGUACGAGGCGCGGUUGAUGGAUCGUGAGGACGCGGAGCUCGGGGCGGCGCUGGGCGCGAGCGCGGCGGUGUCGCAGAGCGUGGGGAGGAUGAGCCGGUUGUUGAGGCGCGCGUUGAGGGCGGCGCAGGGCGAGGACGGGUAUUAUGCGCCGGCGGACGUGCGCGCGCGGAUAGGGGAGGAGGAGUGGGCGGAGGCGGGGGUGAGCGAGUGGGCGCUGGAGAGGGAGUGCGAGCUGGCGAGGGUGGAGAGGGAGAACGAGGAGUUGAGGCGGUUGCUCGCGAUGAGGGAGCAGAUGAGGGCGGUGAGCGUGCCUCAGCAGGGGUCGGGCCAGGCGCGGGGGGCGGGAUUGCCGGAUCUGAGGAAGUGGAUUGGGAGGGGACAGGGGCGGGGGGAGCACGAGCACGAGGUGCAAAGUCAACAUGGGGAGGAGCACAGCCAACAGCGGGAGGAGGAGGAGAAGGUGGAGGAAGCUUUGGCAGAAAAGGAGCAACCCGAGGAAGAGGCAGAAGCAGAAGAAGAGGAGGUCGUUGAGCAGGCGAAGGACGAGCCGACCUACCAGAGCGAGGAGGAGCGAGAGGAGGAUGUCGCGCCGUCACCGAUACCUGUGAACGCGGAACCAGAACCCGCUCCCUGAGAUCUAUCUGGGAAGCGGAUGACGCGUUUCCCCCGCGACGACAGCGGGCAGUCGACCGCAGGCCUAUCUUGGAUCUACCGGUCUAUUCAAGCUCGCAGGCACGGCACGAGAGAUGCGAUUGAUUGUGCGUCGCGCAUCAGGGACUCCGGAUGGGAUCAUGACGAGGCUAAGGUUGGGCUACCACUCUCCGCGGAAGCGUACUGUAACACAUGGUGUGUGCGGUGCAUGUAACUCUAGAAUUCAUCCGCCUUUGGACUUUCUGCGCCAUUGCUGUCUGUGCCGACUGCAAUGGCGAUGCGCACAUCAUGUGGUUAUCAAUUCUACUGUAGUGUAUUGCACUUGGGUGAGAUCGCGAA